AUGGCCAUCUUCAGGCAGCUGUCCCUAGGGGCGAAGGCCGCCCUGGCUGCCGUCACUGUCUUCGUGUCUAUGAUCAUCUCCCGUUCUUAUCUGGCGGAGAGCCUUGAACUCAGGGCCUGGCGGUGGCUGUUUCGCCUGCAGCUUGCCCUGUUUGUCAACUCACUCAUGCUCAGUGGCUCCCUCUACAUCUGGCGAAGCACGGUGAGCAACCUCUGCCCCUCCCCCGCGGCGGAGUCGACCUGUUUUCAGCUUUGGAAGGUGGCCGUCCUGGUAUUUCUGGCCCUGGCCCACUCCAGUUUCUUCACCAUGCUCUUUUUGGUGGCCGAGGAGCCCUGUUUCUUUUCCUUGGCAGCCUACUCCUGCCUGGGCGCUUACAUAAUCAUGGUCUUCUUCCUCUGCAUCCUCAGUGCCAUGGAGCAGGCCUACCAGCUCCUGGCCUGGCGCAGCGGCAGGGUCGUGGGUAGCCUUGACAAGACAAGGAAGCUGGCGCUCAGGCCUGCCCUGGCGGUGGUGGUGACCGCCGUGCUCAGCGUGGCCGGGCUGCUGAAUGCUGCCCAGCCCCCAGCUGUGAAGACCGUGGCGGUGCCCGUCCACCAGCUGCCCUCGUCCAUGAACAACCUCAAGAUUGUACUCCUCUCGGAUAUUCACUUGGGCCCCACAGUGGGCAGGACCAAGAUGGAGAUGUUUGUAAGGAUGGUGAACGUGCUGGAACCCGACAUCACGGUGAUCGUGGGCGACCUCUCGGAUUCGGAAGCCUCGGUCCUGCAGACGGCAGUUGCUCCUUUGGGCCAGCUUCGUUCACGCCUCGGCACCUAUUUUGUCACAGGUAAUCACGAGUACUACACGUCGGACGUCAGCAACUGGUUUACGCUGCUGGAAUCCCUGCGCGUCCAGCCUCUUCACAACGAGAACGUGAAGAUUUCUUCUGCGUGGGCCCACCGUGGUGGUAGUGAUGGUAAAGGUGAAGGUCAUGACUGGAUCUGCCUGGCUGGGGUGGACGAUAUUGAAGCGGACAUCCUGCACUACUCUGGUCACGGCAUGGAUCUCGUCAAGGCCCUGGAGGGCUGCAGCCCAGACCGCACCAUCAUCUUGCUGGCCCACCAGCCCUUGGCUGCCAAGAGGGCCCUCCAGGCUAGGCCAGAUAUUAACCUGAUCCUCUCGGGGCACACGCAUGCUGGGCAGAUCUUCCCCUUGAACGUGGCCGCCUAUCUCCUGAACCCCUUCUUUGCUGGUCUCUACCAAGUGGCCCAGGCUACAUUUGUGUAUGUCAGCCCAGGCACGGCCUACUAUGGGAUACCCAUGAGGUUGGGUAGCAGGGCAGAGAUUACGGAGCUCAUCCUGCAGCGGGCUCCCUGA